CCCCCAGCGUCACCCCGACGCCGGUUGUCCCCGCGGUGUCACCCCAACACCUCGCGGCCCCACGGCGUCACUCAACCACCCGUAGUGUCCCCAUAGUGCCACCUCUGUUGGUUGUCCCUGUAGUGUCACCCCAACGCCUCCUGUCCCCGGUGUCACCCCUCUGCUGGUUGUCCCCACGAUGUCACCUAACACUGCCUGUCCCCACUGUGUCACUCCUCCAUUGGUUGCCCCUCAGUGUCACCCCAACUUCCUGUCCCCACGGUGUCACCAACACCGCCUGUCCCAACGUGUCACCUGUCUGCCGGUUGUUUCUUAAGUGUCACCUCACUGCCGGUUGUCCCCACUGUGUCAUUCCAACAGUGCCCGUCCCCAUUGUGUCACCCCUCCUCCAGUUGUCCCCAUAGUGUCACCCCUCUGCUGGUUGUUUCUUCAGUGUCGCCUCACCACCAGUUGUCCCUACAGUGCCACCCCUCUGCCUGUUGUCUCCACGGUGUCACCCCAACACCAACUGUCCCCAUAGUGUCACCCCUCCACCCGUUGUCCCCAUCACGGCACCUUUCAGUUGUUUCUUCAGUGUCACUUUCCUACCGGUUGUCCCCAUGGUGUCACACCAACACUGCCUGUCCCCACUGUGUCACCCCUCCACUGGUUGUCCCCACAAUGCCACCCCUGUGCUGGUUUUUCCUUCGGUGUCACCUCACUGCCAUUCGUCCCCAUGUUGUCACUCCAGCACUUCCUGUCCCAAUAACGUCACCCUUCUGCCAGUUGUUUCGCUGCUGCUGUCACCCCUCUGCCUCCUGUCCCCACAGUGUAACCCCCGAUGGUUGUUCCCCUGCUGUCACCCCAGUGCCAGUUGUUCCCACAGCGUCACCCCCAACCUCUGGUUGUUCUCCCAGUGUCGCCCUCCUCCAGUUGCUCCCCCCACCGUCCCCUGGUCCUCCCAUAGUGUUGUCACACAGCCUCCAGGUGACACUGUGCACGCUCCCUGACCAAUCCCUAGGGACGUCACUCCUCUCGUGUCACCCAGCCAUCGCGUCACCUGGCUGCUGUUACCCCCCAUGGUGACAUUGUGUCACCUCUUCUCUGUCCCCACGGUCACCCCGUUGUCACUCACAGCCCCACGCGGUGCUGCCUGUGCCUGCUGCCAUCGGGGGUGACCGUCCCCAUCCCCGCCGGUGGUGACAGUGCUGUGCUGGGUGACACGUGGCUGUAUGCCCCCCUGAGUCACAGCUGGUGGCCCCCGAAUCACAACUGGUGGCCACAGAGUCACACUUACUGGCUGCUAAGUGACAACCGGUGGCUACCACACCACGCUGGAUGCGGUCACUGGAUGACAGCUGGUGACAGCCAAAUGACAACCAGUGGCCAUCGGGUCACGGUCAGCAGCUCCUGGACCACAACCAGCGGUGGCCAAGCUACAACUGAUGGCUAAGUUACAACCAGCUGACUGAUUUACAACCGGUGGCCACUAAACUACAGCCUGUGACCACACGCUUGUGACCACCAGCUGCCAAAUCACAACCGGCGUCUCCUGAAUUACAGCUGGUGUCUCAUAAAUAACGACUGUGGCUGCUCAGUUACAACCGGUGGUCGUUAAAUUUCACCUGGUGACCACCAAAUCGCAACCAGUGGCUGCUAAUUGACAACCUGUGUCUGCCAAAUCACAACCGGUCGUCACUGAAUGACAGCUGGUGGUUGCUAAACAACAACUGGUGGCCGCUAAGUCACAACUGGUGGCUAACAGCUUACAACCAGCAGUGAGUUUCAACUAGUGGCUGCUAAACUACAGCCGGUGGCUAUCGAGUUACAACCAGCAGACACUGACUUAGAGUUGGUGACCGCUGAAUUACAGCCAGUGGCCACCAAAUCACAACCAGCUGCCACUCAAUCACAGCUGGUGGCCACUAAAUCACAGGCGGCGGCUGCUGAAUCACAACCAGCAGCUCCUGAAUGCCACCCUGCAGCGCUGUCACCCCGCUAGCUGUAGCUGCAGCCCCACAGCUGGACACUGUUGGGAGUGCUGUGGGGUUGUUUGGGGCUGUUGUGGGGUUGUUGUGGGGUUGUCAUGGCGAUGUCAUGGGGGGGGGUUGUAGGGUUGUCAUGGCGAUGUCACAGGGUUAUUGCGGGGUUGUCGUGAGGGUGUUGUGGUGUUGUCCUGGGGCUGCCGUGUGGGUGCUGUUGUUUGCCAUGGGGCUGCCGCGUUGUCACCAUGCUGUUGCUAUGGUUGUGACAACGCUGUGUCCUUACAGGUGGCCGUGCCGGCUGUGACCCCCCGCCGAAGCGCCCGGCAACAACCGCCCCGCUCGGUCCAUGAGGGCCCCGCUCACAGGUGCGGCGCGCGGGGAUGGCAGCGGUGGAGGUGUCGGACGCGGGGCACAGCCGGGCGCUGCUGCUGGAGCUGAACGAGCAGCGCCUGCGGGGACAGUUCUGCGACGUCACCCUCAUUGCGGGGGACACGAAGUUCCGCGCCCACCAGAACGUGCUGGCCGCCUGUAGCCCUUACUUCCGGGAGGCCCUGGGGGCGGCCGCCUGUACCCCUGCCGCGGUGUUGGAGCUGCCGGGGGUGCAGGCAGCGGUGCUGGCCGACGUCCUCAACUUCAUCUACAACGCGCGCCUGGCCGUCCCCUCGCCGGCUGUAGCCCGCGAGCUGGGGGCUGUAGGCCGGCGCUUGGGCAUCGCCACCCUCCAGGGGUUGGAGGGCCACCACAACACCGCCUGGAGUCCUCCAACUGCCGGUGACGCCUCUGCCACCACCACUGAGGGACUGGCGGCGCCGGUUGACCUGACGACGUGCGGCGGUCGUCCCGGCGAGGUGACGGAGACGGUGCCAUCAGAGGCACCACCACCGGCGGCUGUAAUUGCAUCACCAGGUGUAGCGUCGCCGGGUGUAGCCUCACUGGGUGUCACCUCACCAGGUGUAGCACCGCCGAGUGUAGCCUCAGUGGGUGUCACAUCGCCGGGUGUAGCACCACCAAGUGUAGCCUCAGUGGGUGUCACAUCGCCGGGUGUAGCGCCGCCGAGUGUAGCCUCACUGGGUGUCACAUCGCCAGGUGUCGCACUGCCAGGUGUAGUGUCCCUGGGUGUCACCUCACCGGGUGUUGCGUUGCCAGGCGUAGUGUCCCUGGGUGUAGCAUCACCGGGUGUUGCGUUGCCAGGUGUAGUGUCGCCAGGCGCAGCGCCGCCAGGUGUAGCCUCUCUGAGCGUAGUGCCAGCAGGUGUGGUGUCGCCGGGUGUAGCAUCCCUUGGUUUAGCCUCACCGGGUGUAGCCUCACCGGGUGUGGUGUCACCGGGUGUAGCGCCACCGGGUGUAGGAUCCCUGGGUGUAGCAUCGCCAGGCGUCACAUCGCCGGGCGUGGCGUCGCUGGGUGUCACCUCUCUAGGUGUAGCGCUGCCGGGUGUUGCGUCGCCGGGUGUUGCGCUGCUGGGUCGCUCCUACGUCACCCUGUCCAGCCUGAAGCGGCACGCCAACGUGCACUCGUGGCGGCGGCAGUACCCGUGCCGCUACUGCGACAAGGUGUUUGCCCUGGCCGAGUACCGCACCAAGCACGAGGUGUGGCACACCGGCGAGCGCCGCUACCAGUGCGUCUUCUGCUGGGACACCUUCGUCACCUACUACAGCCUGAAGGCACACCAGAAGGCGCUGCACGGCAUCAGCCCCGGCCUCAUCGCCUCCGAGAAGACCCCCAACGGCGGCUACCGGCCCAAGCUCAACGCCCUCAAGCUCUACCGCCUGUUGCCCAUGCGGGCGCACAAGCGGCCUUACAAGACCUACAGCCAGAGCCUGGCGGCCGACGGCCUCCAACAACCGCCGGCGGCUGCCUUUGUCACCCCGCGCCCGGCGGAGCCGGCGUCGGUUAUCGCCUAUGGGCGACCCUCAGCCUCCGUCAUCGUGCACAGCGGCACCGCCACCGCCGCCGCCACCGUGAUGGUGACAAAGUGGUACCAGGUCACGGUGACAAAGCGGCACCCGGUGUUGGUGACAAAGUUCCACUGA